UCCACCUGCUUUUACAUCAUCAAACCCUUUUUCUCAUCUCUCUCUCUCUCUCUUGGGAAUAAGACAAGAGUCAAAACACAGGAAGCGAUACGAAGGCGACAAUCCGAGCAUCCAUGGCCGUUUCUUCCUCUCUCACCAAACCCUAAUUCCAAUUUCCUCCCCUUUCUCUCUCCUAUAUCAUAUAUCAAAUGGAUCUCUCCGACGACGGCGUCGCCGCCAGAGGAGGUUCUCGCCAUCUAGUCGAUCCCUCUCUUUCAAUCGUUCCCAGAUCUACUCCUCAAGAAGACCCCACGACCUCAUCCACCGCAGCAGCGGCGGCGACUACUUCCGGAGUUGUAACGAAGCGUUCGACGAAAGACCGCCACACGAAAGUCGACGGAAGAGGGCGGCGAAUCAGGAUGCCGGCUCUCUGCGCCGCUAGGGUUUUCCAGCUAACGAGAGAGCUCGGGCACAAGUCCGACGGAGAAACCAUCGAGUGGCUUCUCCAGCAAGCCGAACCGGCGAUAGUCGCCGCUACUGGCACCGGGACCAUCCCCGCGAACUUCUCCUCUCUGAGCGUCUCCCUCCGAAGCAGCGGCUCGACUCUCUCCGCGCCGCCGUCGAAGUCGGUGCCUCUCUACGGCGCUCUCGGGCUGACUCACCAUCAGUACGAGGAGCAAGGAGGCGCGUUUGGAGCUCACACGCCGCCGCUUCUAGGGUUUCAUCACCAUCUCCAACAGCAACAUCAUCAACAAGCUCCGGCGGAAACGAUUCCGGGUCCCGACGGAGAGAGUUUCUCGAGGAAACGGUAUAGAUCGGUUGAUUCGUCGAAGGAGGACGGUGAAGGGAAGCAGAACGAGAACAAGUCUUUGAAGGAAAGCGAACCUCCGGCGGCUGCCACGGGGGCGCCGAUGUGGGCGGUUGCUCCGACGAAUAGGUCCGCCGGUGGGAACACCUUUUGGAUGCUUCCGGUACCAACUACCACCGCUGGGAAUCAGCCAGCUGCUAUGGAGAGCAGCAGCAACGCCAACCGUGCACAUAUGUGGCCGUUCGGAGGCGGCGGCGCCGGAGCUGGAGGAGGAGGUGCGACUCAUUUUAUGGCGGGAACGGGGUUUAGUUUUCCGAUGGAUCAGUACAGAGGAAGUCCGCUUCAGUUAGGUUCCUUCUUGGCUCAGCCGCAGCAACCGAAUCAGAAUAUAGGUUUGAGUUUGCCGGACUCGAAUCUUGGGGUGCUUGCCGCUUUGAACGCGGCUUAUCCGAGAGGUGGAAACGCAAACGCGGAACAAGUGAACAAUGCGGUGGAACAUCAAGAGAAGCAGCAGCAGCAGGCACAACAAAGCGAUCAGGAUGAUGAUAGUAGAGAUGAGAAUUCAAAUAGCGAUGGGUGAUUGAUGUAAACUAAUCUUAUGAAGCAUUGAAUUUGGUAAGAGUUUAAUUUUUAAAACGUUUGUAGCGGUUUGAUUAUUUUGUUGUGAGGUUUGAUUAUUUGUUAUGAGGUUUGUGUGUGCUGUAGUACUAGUAGUCUUAGAGAAGAAUUUGUGUGUGAAUGAAUUGUUUCAUGAGAAGAGAAUGUUUUCAUUGUAUAGGAGGGAAUGAUAGGGGACCCGUGAUUUCCUUUUUCUUUUUUGUUAUUUCUGUGUUUCUUAUA